AUGAUGACAUCGGUGGGCACUAACCGAGCCCGGGGGAGCUGGGAGCAGACACAGACACAGAGCCAGACACAGCACAAGCAGCGGCCGCAGGCCACUGCGGAACAGAUUCGACUUGCACAGAUGAUUUCGGACCACAACGACGCUGACUUUGAGGAGAAGGUGAAACAACUGAUCGACAUCACCGGCAAGAACCAGGACGAGUGUGUGAUUGCUCUGCAUGACUGCAAUGGGGAUGUUAACAGAGCCAUCAAUGUGCUGCUGGAGGGCAAUCCGGACACGCAUUCCUGGGAAAUGGUCGGGAAGAAGAAGGGUGUCUCGGGACAGAAGGAGAGCGGACAGACGGAACCCAGUGAAGAAAGCAAAGAGAACCGGGAGAGAGAUCGGGAUUUCGGCCGACGACGUGGCGGGCCACCGAGGCGGGGGCGAGGUGCCAGCCGUGGAAGAGAGUGUACGGACCUGCCCUUUAAUAACACCCCUAACUCUCCCGCCACGCACCCAGGCACCUUGUGCUGCCGAAAAGCUGGCAGUAAAGCUGCUUGGGCAGACACGUCUUUGAGGAAAUCAUCCUCGGGCGCGUGA